GGGAGAGAGAGAGAAAGAGAGAGCGGCCGAGCCUCCAACAGGACAUUUUAUCUCUAUUUCGCCACUCUUUCCUCCAGUCGCUUGAAGCCGCCCGGAUCUUUUCCCCCCGGCUCCCAGAAUGAGCGCAGCCGUGGUCGAGGGCUGCUUUCUGUCCGCCCUGCAGCCCAACUCCUCCCGCACCGCCUAUGCGCUGCCCUCGGACGUCCCGGCUCCGGACCUGGGGGCCAAGGCUCGCAGAGUCCGGGAGCAGGUCCGGAUGCGCCUGGCCGAGAAGAAAUCCUCCUCCAUGUCCCGGCUGGACGACUCAACAGACUACAGCUACCCGGCGGUGAAGACCUACACACCCACGCUGGCCUUCAGCUCCAGAUCCAUGAUCCACACGCCCAGCCGCGUCAUGGCUGUUCCCACAGGGCCCCUCCCCUCCUCCGGCUUCUCCUCUCGCUCUGCUAUGGAAACCAACUACAGGAUGAGCCAAUCAGGAGCCAGCAUGAUGCGGGGCAGCUACCAGGCCACCCAGUCACAGCCCAGGAGCCGACGCUCCAAGUCUUUCUGCCAGGCAGAUCACGAGGAGCUGCCUCUGUCCCUGCUGGCCCCUCCAGACAACCCCGCCUACAUGGCACCCAGCCCCGCGCUGGGCUCCUUGAGGCGCAGCCUGAGCGGGACGCUGGCCCAGGGAGCGGGCGGCGGCUGGCACGACGAGGAUCUCUCCUACCAGCACGCCUACAGAGGCCCCUCCCACCGCACCAUCAGCCGCAUCACCAACCGGCAGCAGCACUACCAGCAGCAGAGCUCGGCCUGGGGCCAGGAGGGCUGGGCGGGGCCCGGCUGGGGGGGCCAGUGGCAGCAACACGUGGCCAGGACGGGUCCUGUUUUGGGGGCGGGGCAGUACCAGGCCUCCCUGCACCGCGCCGCCUCCCUGCGCAGCAUGAGGAGCGUCGGGAAGGGAGUCGAUGUGGGCGACGGAGCGUCAACACACAGCAACGACCAGCUGGGAGGGAUGCACAGUCUGGACAUGGCUACAGCAGUCAGAUAUCUCUCGGAGUCAGACACAGCCAUGCAGGUUUUGGGAGCUGCCUACAUACAACACCAAUGUUACCAUAGCAACGAUGCCAAAAACCAGGUCCGAGCCCUGCAGGGUAUACCGGCACUGGUCCACCUCUUCUCCAGUGAGAGCCAGGAGGUGCAGCGUUUUGCCACCGGCGCCGUGCGGAACCUCAUCUACGAAAACUCUGACAACAAGGCGGCGCUCAUAGAAGCAGGUGGAGUGAUGCGUCUCGUCAGCAUCCUGGACAAACCCGACGAGGAGCUCCGCAAGAACAUCACAGGUAUCCUGUGGAACCUGUCGUCCAGAGACAACCUGAAGGAGAAGCUGUCCAGAGAGGCUUUACCGGAGCUUACCGACAAAGUUCUGAUUCCUCUGUGCAGCAGCAUCCAGCUCAGCCCGUCAGAGAAGGACAUCUUCUUCAACACCACCGGCUGCCUCAGGAACUUGAGCUCAGUGAAUGAGAGAACGAGGCAGAAGAUGAGAGAGAUGCGAGGUCUGGUGGACUCUCUGGUGUCUUAUGUUCAGAGCUCCCUGCAGGAGGAGCGGGCAGAAGACAAGGGUCUGGAGAACUCGCUGUGUGUCCUGAGGAAUCUGUCCUACCAGCUGUACAAGGAGCUUCCUCCCUCGGUGCGCCACCGGCUGGAGGGGCCGAGCCGGGCGGCGGCGUCCAGGGAGAGCCAGGCCAUCGGCUGCUUUUCGCUGUACGCCAAGAACUCCAAGCAGCAGCAUAACCAGGAUCUGUCCGUUCUGUCGGAGGUGUCUCGGCAGCCCCGGGGCCCCGAGUGGCUGUGGCACCCCAAGGUGGUGGCGCUGUACAAGUCGGUUCUGCAGAGCAGCGGCAGCAGCACCACCAGCCGGGAAGCUGCUAUAGGAGCCCUGCAGAAUAUCACCGCAGGAGACGCCAGGUGGUCGUCGGUGCUGAGCCGGGUGAUGCUGGAGCAGGAGAGGAUGCUGCCCAUCCUGCUGGACCUGCUGGACUCCAGCAGCGACAUGGAGCUCAAAGCGCUGACCGGCCUGCUGAGGAACCUGGCCAGACACUGCAGCAACAAAGACCACAUGGCUAAAACCAUGGUGAACGUGCUGGUGUCCAAGCUGCCGAGCGACGGCCUGCAGAAGGAGCCGUCCAGCGAAGUCGUGGUCAACAUCUGUGGAGCUCUGAACCACCUGGUCACCAGCAGCUCCCUGGCAGCCCGCGACAUCUCCUACUUCAACGGCCUGCCCAAACUCCUGGGCAUCAAAACCUCCCAUGACAGCAGCUCCGGCGCCCUGAUGGCCUCCAAGGCUGCUUCCACCGUCCUCUGCAACAUGUUCCAGUACAGAAAGCUGCACAGAGACUACAAACUGAAAGGAUUUGCCAGACGAGACUUCACAGAUCUCACCAUCUAGUUCGACCCCGAGGCGUUCAGGGUGAAGCCGCUGCGUGGGACAGAGGAGCGUCGGCGCGGCGACCAAACAGCUGCUGAAGGUUUCAGGCUUCACGUCCCAGCUGACGGUCAGAGUUCAAAAACGAACUGGAAUCUCACGGAGCGACGGACUUUAAGUUUGUCCUGACUGUGUGUUUAACUUGGCCUGGCUGAGGACAGAGUGCACACAUCUGCACACACACACACACACACACACACACACACGCAGUGAACCCUAGCCUUUAAACCUGUGCAGUGUUUGCCUGAUAGGGGUUGUGAAGGCUGGUCCUGCUCAUUACUGAUAUUUUGUACCGAUACUCAGUGUCGAAAUUUAACCAUUUUUAUGCCAAAACACUGAAUCAGUCAUCAAUUCCCAGAAAUUUUUUGCGCUCGUCGUGGAGCUGAAGCCUCUGAAAAGACGCAUUUAGACACUAACAGUAACAGUAAUGAUAUCUUUUAUGUAAUCUCACCAAAGUGUCUCUGUCUAGCCACAAUAAAUGGAUAAUCACUCAAACUGCAUCACAUCAGACUGCACCAGAUCCUGUUGGACAAGAGUGAGCCUGCAAGCCAACCAUGUGUGUGUGUGUGUGUGUGUGUGUGUGUGUGUGUGUGUGUGUGUGUGUGUGUGUGUGUGUGUGUGUGUUUGUUGCGACUGUAACUGUUAC